AGACUUCAACUCAUGGUAAACUCUUUACAGCCUUGAAAAAAAACAACUUACUCUGCUUAACUGAACACAACAAAUCUGGAUGUGCAUCCUAUAUUCUUAAUAUUGCCUUACAAGCCACAAACCAAGGUAAGGGACUUUUUAUUCAAGAUGAAAUUAAAGAUUCAAGCUUAUUUUUCAAGAUUUUAGAAGAUUGGUUGGGUGUUUCAGAUUGGAAAUGAGUUGCCAGAUUUGUCAAAUUUGGGGAGAGACUUGGAGGGAGUUUGAGUUUAGAUUUAAGAUGGGUUUUUUUGUUAUUUUGAGUGUUUUAAUGACUUCUUUUUUCUAUCUAAAAAAUUCAUUAAAGCCAAUUCCUAAUUAAUGAGCCAACAGUCUGUGACUUUAACACAAUCUUUUAACAACAGGAGAGGCUUUUCUGUGCUAAUAAGUCAAUCACCAGCUGUGGUAUCAAAUCAGAGCUAACUCCCAAAGUAAUUCAUCUUUCUUUGUCACUGACAGCUUCCAGUCAAAAUGAAAUUAGCCCUGCAAACUGUGAUCUGCUGCUGUGUUUUCACCACUGUCCUGCCACUGGUUGAAGGUGCAACAGAGGAACUCAACACCAGCUUGAAAAAAAGGUGAGCGGACUGAUCAGCAGGCACUGAGAGAACAUUGUGUUCACUUUCAGAAAAAAAAGCCUCAUGAUUUGUCCUUCAGGAUUCAAAUCAGGGGGCCACAUGGAGCUGAAUCUUCCAGUUGAAGACAGCAAGAAAUUAAAAUAUUCUAGUCAAGUCAUAGAUUGUCUCUAUAUUUUGGGGACAUCUUUAAGAGUAAAAUAUCUGCUUACUGUGAAAGCUCAUGUUAAAAACCAUAAAUACCAUGUUUGAUGGGGGGUCCCUGCUUAGGUUAGACUGAAAAGUUAUCAAGUUAUCGUCAGGGGGGACAUUCUAAGUGAAGGAAUAAAAUUGGCACUGUUUCCAAACUACCUCAAGCACGUCUUUAACAUGUCUGCACUGCUUUUAUUGCUAUUCAUGAUGAUUUAUGUGCAGAUAUUUAAGAACUAGUCGGAAGUUCUUCUCUGCCAAUAUAUGUCAAUCUCACAGAUUUACCGGUUGAAUAAUUCCUACUUACAGAUGCAAUGUAAAUAAAACCUGACAUAAAUGAGAAUACUGUAACUGAUCCAAUAUAAUCCCAACACCUGUUUGUAUUAAAAAAUAUACUAAUGAUGUGUUGUGUCCUGAUACCUUUAAGCUGCAGUAUCUUUUCAUUGUUUUAAAUCAAAGCCUCCGUUGUUCCCUUUUGUCAUCUGGCAGGUUAAAAGUUUGGCUGCACGGCCGCAUGAAGAGGGACCUGCGCGACAGCUUAUUGACAGCAGAUGAGCUGUGCGCUGAGAUCUUAAAUGGGCCACAGCAGGGUGACACUGAAAACAAUGUCUCACCUUCGCCAAGGUAAGAAUGAGAGCUACUCUUUUUUUUUAACUCUUACAGAUGUUGAACAUGUCUCAAAAGAGAACAGAUGGUAUGAAAUAAAGCAAAACCCCCCCUCAAGGAUGAAACUCAGGAUCGUGACAGCAGUAUGGUUAACCUUCUGACUAUCAGGCUUCCAGGGGAACUUCAGAGUGCCCAAGGGUGCUACAAAUACUCAUAUUUAAGCAGUUUAUGGUUCACUUAAAUCUUAAAUGAAAUGUUCAGCAUGUGGAGAAAUACAGGUGCUUUUAAGACUGUAGGUGACAGAGCAGUGGAUGAUAAUAACUCUGACUAAAACCCUGUCCACACAUAACAUAUUGCCAAGUCAGCUUUCAUAAACCUUGACGUAAGUCUUGAAAUGGAACCUGAACAUUUCCUUUUCUUUUGCAGCACUGGGCUAGAUAACAGACCCAGGAGGUCAGCAUCAUCCAAAUCAGCUGGCUGUGUCCUUAUCACGUGUUCAUACCACGACCUGCUCUACAAACUUCAUCAGCUUAACAGCAAGGUAACGGUCAGCGCUCCCAAGGAUAAGUUGGAUCCCACUGGCUAUGGACGGCGCCGUCGCUCACUGCUGGAUGGGGUUCAACUCGCCCUCAAGACAGGAAGAGAAAGGAGGGGUGCAACGGCUGGUCAUCGUGUCCACCGAUUUAGAAGCAAACGCACAGUGGCCUAAGACUGUAAUGGGAAGGCUAAGGCAAAAUCUUGUUGGGGUUACUUGCACACAGUAGAUGAAAUAAGUGAGAUUUUUAACUGCUACAUAUGCAGAAAAAAAGCUGCUGCAACUGACAGUCCAUCCGCAGAAGAUUUGCUCAGGUCACUCAUACUAAAAGCAAGAUACAAAGAUAUUGUUAAAGUGCAGGUUUGACUGGGUUUCAACCAGUGUGAGGUUUAUGGAUGAAAUCAAGUCCAACAUGUUUGGCUUGAUCAGAAAAUCUAUCAACUUCUUCUUCAGCUUCCAAAGUGAACUUGGCAGGUGACGUAGAAAAUGAUCCCUGAACGUCUUCUCUGACAUCCAUCAUGAACUGAGGAAGACUCGAGGCUUUAAAGAGGGCGGGUUUUUUCUAAAGGCACUGAUAUAACUGGAUCCCAAACUGCUGCAAGCAGGAGGAGCCUUUUAGGCGUGAACUGAAUGUGGUCAACUGCUUGUGACGUGAUUAUGAAGUGCAAUUUAUAUAGUAUGUACCGUGCUUACACAUAGUUAACAAUAUGUAACAAUUAUCUUGUAUGUAAGGGUAUAAAGCUUCCUUAUAUUUAACCAUAGGAUUAUAUUUUUAUACAGCCUGAAUACAUUUUUUUGGAUUUUAACUUCAAUGAAGUAUCUUAAAAUGUGUAAAUAAUCAUGCUAUCCUUUUUGUGUUGAACUAACUAUUUUAACAUGAUUGUAAUUAUUAUAGCCUCUGACAGUGAAUUGCAUUUAACAUGUUUACAGGUGUCUAUGUGCAUGGUUCGAGUAAUACAUGGUAACUUAAAAACAACUGAGUCAUCUUGUUUUUAGCUGGACUUGUUAUGUCCUAAAGUGAUGGAUGGUCUCUGUUUGGUAUGAAGGUGAAAGACCGUCGUACUAAUCGUAGUGUUGUGCUGCCACCUAGCUUCAGUUUUGGCUACAUGUAAGAAAAAGGCAGGCCAAACAUUUUCACAGUCAGUGCAGCUUUAACAAAGCACUUACAUAAGUUAUGAUAACUGUACUGUUUGAAAUAUUUAACUUUGAAAUGUAUCAUUUUUCAUAUUAAAUGAAUGUAAUAACUUUUUGUAUACUCACAAAUCAGAUGUAAUUACUUGACAUGGUAUUAUUAGUUGAUGUGAUUUAUGUGUUGCGCUCAACAUGGCAGAAAUGGUAGUGUUUUCAGCUGACUGUGAUGUCUUUGCUUUUGAAAUAAAUGAAUGUAUGAAAAUAAAAAGAACGUUAAGAUACUUUAUGAGUUUUUUUGACUAAUUAAAUAUCCUGUUUUUGAGCAUA